AGUAUUCCCCCCCCUCUCUCUCUCUCGCUCUCCGGGCGCUGUGUUCUCAAGAGCGCGUCGCGAGCAAAGACUGUGGUCGCGAGGUUAUGGAAGAUGGCGAGCGCCGAGACAGCGGCAGAGCACGAGCGAAUCCUGCGUGAGAUUGAGAGCACAGACACUAACUGCAUCGGGCCAACACUCCGGUCUGUUUAUGAUGGACAGGAUCAUGGACUCUUCAUGGAUAAACUGGAGGGGCGGAUCCGCAAUCAUGACCGUGAAAUUGAGAAGAUGUGCAACCAUCACUUCCAAGGCUUUGUGGACUCCAUUACUGAGCUGCUCAAAGUGCGCGGAGAAGCCCAGAAACUCAAGUGUCAGGUGACUGAGACCAAUCAGAAGCUCCAAAAUGACGGCAAGGAGCUCCUGACAUCAAUGGAUGAGCUGAGACAGUGCCGUCUGCAGCAGAGGAAUAUCGCCACCACCAUUGACAAACUCACACACUGCUUACCAGUGUUGGAGAUGUACAGCAAACUGCAGGAGCAGAUGAGAGCCAAACGAUACUACCCAGCACUACGAACCCUGGAACAGUUGGAGGGGAGUUGUUUGCCUCAAGCGGGAUCAUAUCGUUUCUGCGCUAUCAUGGCAGAGAAUAUCCCACGUCUGCGCACACACAUCAGAGACGUCUCCAUGUCUGACCUCAAAGACUUCCUGGAGAGCAUCCGCAAGCAUUCGGAUAAGAUCGGAGAGACUGCCAUGAAACAGGCACAAGUGCAGAUCGCUCGUGACAAUGCCGUGACAUCACAACAGCGGUCAGCAAGUGGACAGAGGAUACGAAAGGAAGUGUGCUCAGGCACAGAGGUGGACAGAAAUGGAAGCAACCCCUUUUCAGAAAAGUACUCUGGGAUACUGGAUGUGGAGGAUGAAGAGGUGAGUGAGAUUCCUGGUGCGCAGGACUUGGUGGACUUCUCUCCCGUGUAUCGCUGUUUACACAUCUACACUGUAUUGGGUGCCCGGGACACAUUUGAGAACUACUACAGGAAGCAGCGGCGGAAACAGGCCCGACUUGUGCUGCAGCCUCACUCUAACAUGCAUGAAACGUUAGAGGGGUACAGGCACUACUUCAAUCAAAUUGUCGGUUUUUUUGUAGUGGAGGACCACAUCUUGCACACCACACAGGGCCUGGUUAACAGGGCUUACGUGGAAGAAUUGUGGGAGCUGGCCCUUUCAAAGACCAUUGCAGCCUUGCGUACGCAUUCAUCUUAUUGCACUGAUCCAGACCUGAUUUUAGAUCUGAAGAAUCUUAUAGUGCUGUUUGCAGACACACUGCAGGGUUAUGGUUUUCCAGUAAACCAGUUGUUUGAUAUGUUGCUGGAGAUGAGGGAUCAAUAUGGGGAGAUCCUGCUGAAAAAGUGGAACCAGUCCUUCAGGCAAAUCUUGGAUCAGGACAACUACAGCCCCAUUCCCGUGGCAUCCCCUGAAGAGUACCAACGAAUAGCAGGCCAAUGCCCCUUCCAGGAUCCAGAGCUCGACAAGAUGCCUUUUCCAAAGAAGCUGCCAUUUUCUGAAUUUGUGCCUAAAGUAUACUCACAACUCAAAGAAUUCAUCUACGCCUGCCUGAAAUAUUCGGAGGACUUGCACCUUAGCUCUACAGAAAUUGAUGACAUGAUCCGCAAGUCUACAAACCUCCUGCUCACACGAACCCUUAGCCACUGCCUACACUAUGCCAUAAAGAAGAAAAACGUAGGACUGGCAGAGUUGGUUCAGAUCAUCAUCAACACCACUCACCUGGAGCAGUCCUGUCACUACCUAGAAGAGUUCAUCUCCAACAUAACCAACGUGCCUCCUGAUACCAUUAAUGCCACCAAACUCUAUGGAACCUCCACCUUCAAGGACGCAAGGCAUGCCGCUGAAGAGGAGAUCUACACUAACCUGAAUAAAAAAAUUGACCAGUUUCUGCAGCUGGCUGAUUAUGAUUGGAUGGCAGCACAGGGAGGUGGGCAGGCCAGUGACUACCUGAGUGACCUCAUCGCUUUCCUCUGUAGCACUUUUGCAGUGUUCACUCACCUGCCCGGGAAGGUUGCUCAGACGGCAUGUAUGUCAGCUUGUAAACACCUUUCAACCUCCCUACUGCAGCUGCUAUUGGAGGCUGAUGUCAGGCAAGUGUCUAUGGGAGCCCUGCAGCAGUUCAACGUGGAUGUCAAAGAGUGCGAGAGGUUUGCCAGGGCCGGCCCGGUGCCUGGCUUCCAGGGGGACACUCUGCUGCUCGCCUUCAUCGACUUGAGACAAUUACUGGAUCUCUUCACUCAGUGGGACUGGUCCACGUAUCUGGCUGACUACGGCCGACCCACCUGCAAGUACCUGAGAGUCAAUCCUCACACGGCUCUGGCCCUCCUAGAGAAGAUGAAGGACACCAGCCGCAAGAACAACAUGUUUGCUCAGUUCCGUAAAAAUGAACGGGACAAGCAAAAGCUCAUAGACACUGUCGUGAAGCAGCUGAGAAAUCUCAUCGCCACCAACCAGGCCUGAGAAAGCCAUCGAUUCAGCACACGGCCCCACGUCUUGAUGAGUUGCCACCAGACUGCGCUUGCACACCUCCAAUAGUUGGACAUAUUGUUCUUUUCGCACAUAGACACCUGCACUAUCAUGCACGUAUAUAGAUGCACCUCUCUGAAAGGUGCGCCUGCUAAACCAUCCCGUGCCCUUGUGAUAUGGUAUCCAUGUCUUCCUUCCUCAGUUGCCUUUUAUUGUCUUGUAUCGGGUGUCAAAAGGACUGUUCUCCUGUCACAAUUUGAAUGGCCUUUACAAUAGUUCUAAAGUAUUAUUUCUCUCAUUUUGAAUUUGACAAAUAGUUACACUGUAAUGUGGAUAUUACUUAAAUUGCUGCAAAGUUAAAGGAAAUUGGAACACUAACUAGACUUGAAUAUUGCUGUCAUCAUUUCUAACAUAUCAAAUUUAAAGGGAUAGUUCCCCUAAAAAUGAUCAUUUACUCACCCUCCUUUCAUUCCA